UAGGAAAAAAUACUAUGGAAGUCAAUGGCUACUGUCAAUUGUGUAGUUACCAACUUUUCUUCCCAAUUUUAGUUUAACAGAACAAAGAAACUCAUAUAGCUUUGAAAUCGCAUAGGGGUGAGUAAAUCAUGAUUUUUGGGUAAUAUGUUCCUUUAAGUCGCACGCCCUCGAAUGGUCACGUGAGGAUUCCAAGAUGGCCGCGCCCUUCAGUUUGGAGGCGUGACGUUAUUCAUAUUGUUACAACACUGUCAAACGAUAAAACAACUUGUGCAAUUUCAUUGAAGCUCUCCAUUGAAGCUCUCCGUUGAAGCCGGUAAUAAUGGACAAGGACAGUCUGAUACUCCCCAAAGGCUUUCCAGAGCUGAGAAAUGACACAUUCCUAAGAGCUGCACGAGGAGAGGAGAUUGAGCACAUUCCAGUGUGGUGUAUGAGACAGGCUGGCCGUUAUCUGCCAGAGUUCAGGGAAUUUAGGGGAGGGAAAGAUUUCUUUGAGACAUGCUGUUCCCCUGAAGCUUGCUGUGAGCUUACAUUGCAGCCACUCCGACGAUUCCCAUUUGAUGCUGCUAUCAUCUUCUCUGACAUUUUGGUGGUCCCUCAGGCCAUGGGAAUGGAGGUUCAGAUGAGUCCAGGAAAAGGCCCCACAUUCCCAGAACCGCUGAAGGAGCCUGAAGAUCUGCAGAGACUAAAGACUAAAGUGGACGUGUCGUCUGAACUCGACUACGUUUUUAAAGCCAUCACGCUGACGCGACACAAAAUAGAGGGAAAGGUUCCUCUCAUUGGCUUCACGGGAGCUCCGUGGACUCUAAUGUCCUACAUGAUUGAAGGAGGAGGCUCUGUGACACACUCGAAGGCUAAACGCUGGCUCUACAGGUACCCAGAGGCCAGCCACAAACUACUGAGCCAGAUAACAGAUGUCAUCGUGGAGUAUCUUCUUGGGCAGGUGAAAGCUGGAGCUCAGGCGUUGCAGGUUUUCGAGUCUCAUGCUGGUUGUUUGGGCCCAGUGGAGUUCAAAGAGUUUUCUCUACCAUAUCUGAGAGACAUUGCUCUCCGUGUUAAGGACAAGAUCAAAGAAUCUGGUUUAGACAAUGUGCCUAUGAUUGUUUUUGCUAAAGAUGGUCAUUAUGGACUUGAGGACCUGUCUGAGUCUGGUUAUGAAGUUGUGAGUCUCGACUGGACCAUAGAUCCUCGUUCAGCACGUGUCAGGACUGGAGGAAAAGUGAGUUUGCAAGGCAACAUGGAUCCCUGCGCUCUAUAUUCCACAAAGGAGCGCAUAUCGGAGAUCGUGAGGAGGAUGUUGGAGGGCUUUGGCACCAAGGGCUACAUCGCUAAUCUGGGUCAUGGCUUGUACCCUGAUAUGGAUCCAGAAAAUGUGGGUGCGUUCGUGGAGGCCGUACACACACACUCUCGCCAGCUCCUCAACCGCAAAUAAGACGUUACUCUCCUAUCAGAACACCUGAAGCCAAUGAGAAACAACAACUGUUGGAGUUAAGCGCUCGCUGUAGCAUCAUAUGUGUUCUAGGAUAAAUAUCACAAAACCUGUCCAAAAAAAUCAAUUUUUAUGUCUGUAUUGCAGUAAAAUGAAUCUUCAAGACAAUGUAAAACUUCAAGCAUUACAGUUAAGAUAAAAUGUGCCUAGUUGUCAUGAAAAUAAUGUCACAAUGAAAAAUAUUUUAAUUUUACUGAAAUGUAAGGUUCGUUUUCUUUAUGCAAAAUCUUAAUACAAUAUUUUUAAUGAUUUUGUGGUGAAGUGUGACCCAGAUAUUUCUUGACAGGCUUUUGAGAGAUUGGAAUAAAAGGCUGGGCCCGACUCGUUUCAAUUAUUAUGUAGGCCGUCUUUCUAUUUUAUCUACAUUUUAUAAUAGCUCCACAGCAAUCCAUCUCAUCUUUAAUAUAAUUUUUUAGCUAGAUUAAUGUGCUUUCAUCAAAGCCGACGCACUACACUGGAGAACGUGGAGUAGGUGGAUGGAAUCUGAUUUAGUCUGAAGUGCUGUAUAGGUUUGUUUUUAAUGCAGUGCCAUAGUAACAUCUGGGCUGAGACUGUCUUCACUGGAAUAGUGACUGACACUAAUGAACCACUAAGAAUGUGUGUACAUUUCAAUGGAUGUUUUAUAAGAAGCGAAAUAAAGAGUAAUCUUCCUUUUAAGACGAA